CGGACUGCCUGUAGCACAGAAGGCGGGAGGGAGGAAAGGAGGAGGGCUGUAGGGAGCUGAGGCCCCACCUAUCAUUCCAGCAAAGUGCAGCGGAGCAGGGGUGAGUCAGAGGCACUGGCGCUCAGCCUCCCAGUAGGUGAGGGGCUGGCUCUUCUCUCCGGGGAGCAGCGCGGUUCUGUUCUUACCGGAGUGGCCUUGGCAGGCUGCUGGAGCCCUCCGUCUGCCCGGUCUGGUCUCCGCGGCCAGGGCUGGGUUCCCUCAUGUAUGGCAAGAGCCCUUCGCGUGCUGGGCUGCUUCUCCUUGGCAUACAGCUCACAGCUUUUUGGCCGAUAGCAGCGGUGGAAAUUUACACCUCCCAAGCGCUAGAGGCUGUCAACGGGACAGAUGUUCGGUUAAAGUGCACUUUCUCCAGCUUUGCCCCCGUGGGUGAUGCUCUGACGGUGACCUGGAACUUCCGGCCUCGAGAUGGGGGGCCUGAGCAGUUUGUAUUCUACUACCACGUGGAUCCCUUCAAACCCAUGAGCGGGCGUUUCAAGGAUCGGGUGGUCUGGGAUGGGAACCCUGAGCGGUAUGACGUCUCCAUCAUCCUGUGGAAGCUGCAGUUUGACGACAAUGGGACAUACACCUGCCAGGUGAAGAACCCACCUGAUGUUGAUGGACUGAUAGGGGAGAUUCGGCUCAGCGUCGUGCACACUGUCCGCUUCUCUGAGAUCUAUUUCCUGGCCCUGGCCAUUGGCUCUGCCUGUGCACUGAUGGUCAUAAUCGUAAUCGUGGUGGUCCUCGUCCAGCAUUUCCGGAAGAAACGAUGGGCUGAGAGAGCUCAUAAAGUGGUGGAGAUAAAACCAAAAGAAGAGGAAAGGCUCAAUCAAGAAAAAAAGGUCUCCAUUUAUUUAGAAGACACAGACUAACAAUCUUAGAUGGAAGCUGAAGAUCCCAAGAACAAGAACCCUAGGAUAAGUUGAAGUUAAUGGAAGAUUUCUUUGGCUUUUCCAGUUUUGACCUGGCUUCCAACCAGCUCUGCUGUACAUAACCAUCUCGAGGAGCAACAUCUCUCUGGGGCUGGCAUAGGGCCCUUUUGAGCAGAUAUCAAACUCACACACAAACUAUUACUAAGGUUUUAUUUAAUUUCAAAGUGCAAAUAUUUUUCAAAAGCUCAUUGUUAGCCUUUUGUACUAAGAAGCUAUAUUUUUGCCCUUAGACACUCCUUGUGGAUGAUUAAUUGUACAUACAUACAUUGGUAUCAAAUGAGAUGAAAGCCAGCAUGUCUGUUAUGACAUUUCCUUUAACAUGUUAGUUUCUUUAGAGUAGUACUUUUUUUUUUUUAAAGAUUUUUAUUUAUUCAUUUGAUAGACAGAGAGAGAUCACAAGUAGGCAGAGA